AUGGUUGGAGACAUGCGGUCUGAACAAUCUACACCAGUAGGUGUAGUGGAGACACCAAGCAAUGACUACAUUCGUUUGGAGGAUCUCAUCCGGGAGUCCACGAAAAGAGCUGAUUCUGGCGAGGAUCAGCCAGUAAAGAAUGUGGCCAACGACGGGAAAAGCAUUGAGGAUCUGAUCCAGGAAAGCACCAUGGUAGCUGAUUCUAAAAAGGAUCACCCAGUGCCAUCCACCAUGGAGGAUGUGGAAAAGGAGUACAUUAGUUUGGUGGAUCUCAUCCGGGAGUCCACGAAAAGAGCUGAUUCUGGCAAGGAUCAGCCAGUAAAGAUAGUGGACAACGACGGGAAAAGCAUUGAGGAUCUGAUCCAGGAAAGCACCAUGGUAGCUGAUUCUGAUAAGGAUCACCCAGUGCCAUCCACCAUGGAGGAUGUGGAAAAGGAGUACAUUAGUUUGGAGGAUCUCAUCCGGGAGUCCACGAAAAGAGCUGAUUCUGGCGAGGAUCAGCCAGUAAAGAUAGUGAACAACGACGGGAAAAGCAUUGAGGAUCUGAUCCAGGAAAGCACCACGGUAGCUGAUUCUGAUAAGGAUCACCCAGUGCCAUCCACCGAGGAGGAUGUGGAAAAGGGUAAGUAUAGUAUUUCAAACACAAGAAAUACACAUUAUUGAAAUUCCUUUUAUAGGGAUGAAACUCUUCUACUUACACUAAA